GUACUGAGUACUGAGUAGUACUGACAAUGUUGGAUAACUCGGACGUUUUGCUAACAAAAUAAAUGAUAACAUCCAUUGCAAUUUGAAGGCUUCUGAACAACGGAGAUUUAAGCACCAAACCUGACGUCGAGAGGGUAAAAAACGGAAAGCAAUGUGAGUCCUGAGUCUGUUACUGUUUCUCUCUAUAUAUAUAUAUACCGGUGUAUAGUGUAUAUAAUAUAUAUAUAUAUAUAUAUGUGUGUGGUAACCGGUAGUGUAGCUAAAUCAUACAUGUAUACCGUAUAACCGUAUAUGUACUAAACUUUUAAUUUUAAAACUAAAACUAUGUACCGUAUUAUUAUUAUUAUUACUAUUGACUAUACUAUGGGCCAGUGUAGGGCGGAUACUACUUGAAUUAAUAAUUAAUACGUUGUUGCACCACGACUAUUUUCAAACUAUCAAUACUAUUGAAAUCUAAGUCUAUUAUUGCAUAAUUGUUUUUUUCCUUAUAUUAAAUAUUAUAAUGUUAGAGGGGGGACAGCAAGGCUGGUGCUAGAGCAGGGGUAGGGAACCUUUUUGUCUGAGAGAGCCAGGGACACCACAUAUUUUGAAAAGUAAUUCUAUGAGAGUCAAUGAGAGCCAUACAUUAUGAUUAUGUUUAAAACUAAUAAUUCAAGUAAAUGUGUGCAUUUUGUGUAAUUUCAACACUAAAAAUGCAAUAAUUAUGUCUCUGAAUUCUUUUAAAUAAGAUUGUUAUGCUGUUGCUAAUCAAUGAGUAUUUCUUACCAUUAAUGCGACUAUUUUUUUAUAAUCGAACAUUUGUUUGCGAGCUAGAUGCAGCCAUCAAUAGAGCCACAUCUGCCUCGCGAGCCAUAGGUUCCCGACCCCUGUGCUAGAGGGUAAGGGCAAAUUAAAUUUUGCAGGGCCUUUGACUUUGAAACUUUGUCUUUGAUGUUAAAGUUACACUUAUACACAGCAAUGGGGGCCCUAGGACCUACGAGAAUGUAAUGCACUGAGGCUCCCAUUUCCUGACCAACCUAUAAUACAGGUAAUGUUAAGAAAAGAUUUGGGGGCUCAUGUUGAUCCAUGCAUUAGGACCAGCGUUUCUUUCAGACCAAUGGUGGGGGGGGGCGGCAAUCUGUCAGUGCCUAAAUUAGGCAUUAUGAUGUAGAGGGCCAGCUCUAACUCCUACCUUCCCACCAUACAUAAACAAAAUUUAAUUCCAGUUGUGGCGCCCCCUGGCCCUGAUGGGAUGCUUUUAGUCUCAACACUUUUUCUACUGGAAUCUAUAUAGUCCUACUAUUUAUAUAUCAAACUAUGCAGCCCUGAGAAAGCUGUUCCUAGGCAACUGUUUAGUCCCAGCUACUUCAAAAACUAGUUGCAUUGUGGAAAUCUACUGUAGAAACCCUCUUAUAGGGCGUUCAAUGCUUCCCCGGGAUGGGUGGGGGAAGAUAUCAGGAUGAAAAUUUACCAUCCCGACUCUCCGGAGUCAACUGCAAAUGCUUUAAACACAUCGUUUUUGGUCAACCAGACACCCCUGGCGGGAAACGCCUCCAUCAGCAAAUUCUGAUCGAGCGGUUGCGUUUGGGGGCAGUCCAAGUCUGGGGAAGUCUUUGGCAUGCCGCCGCAUAGCCCGGGGUAAGGGAGACCCAGCAUCUGGGCUGUGUGAAGGUGUGUCGGGAGGGCAUUAAGAGCUCACACUUGACGGCCUGCCGUUAGGCUGUCUGUGCUUCUCCAAGAAUCAUUCCUCUCAAGAUCUUAAAUUCUCCUAGUGUUUGUCCAAACCAUCUAUUUUCUAUGAAUCACUACUUGUCAAAGCCAUGUCCAAAGCCACACAGUGUUCUUUCAAAUUAUCCAGAAAAAUGGCUUUGAGCUGAAUAUCAUAAAGAAGCCAAAUAUGUAAAGUUUUGGUUGUUGGAAAGGUGUCUUCAUGGAUCCCUACAUCUGGUCUACUAACCACAAGUAAUAUUAUAUCCUGAAAAAUUCUUCAGCCGUCUCUUAUGUCUCAUCUCUAUAUUAAAACUGCCCCUUUCUUCGCAUAUUGGGAUGUUUUCUUAAACACCGGCUUGAUAUUUGUUUCUGUUACAAUUUCCUUUGCAUGGACAUUGCAGAUGCAAAUCCUUCUUCUUUGUAUUUGUUGAAAAAAUUGAUUAGACCUUUGAUAUGUAUAAUAUUAAAAUAAGUUGCAUAGCUAAGAUAUGCCAGGUCUUGUUGAUGGUGUUGAUAGACUUUAUACCAUAAUGACUGUGACAAGCAGAAGUAGAAUCAGUAUUUACUUUAAUGUCUUUAGGCAAUUGAUCUUGGAGGGAUUGUAUGGAAAAAAGAUUAUCAUUUGAUUAUCUUGUGCCUUCUAAUGUUUUGUAGACUGGAAGUUAUGAACUAUGAAUAGGCAUGUUCUGGCUAAUUAAAUAAUAUAAAAUAUAAGGGAUAUUUUCGUCGUCUCGUUCGCCACCCCCUAGUGCUGGCCUAUGACACAGACAGUAAAAUAUAAUAAUUUUAAUGACCAGUGGUAGCGUGGUACUUGGUAUGCCUUCAUUGAACUCUCAUUGAAGGUUUCAGAAAUAAGUGAAACCUUAAUAAUUGUAAUUAAGGGCCUGAGUUGGUCUGAUCUGUGUGAAAAAAGGCAAGACGCAGCGACUCGGCAAGUAAACUCAGCAAGGAAAGCCCUGUGGGGGGCUUUGUUCUUGGAAGAAAAUUUCAGAAAGAGACUAAAGAUAAAACCCACCAAAGGUGUAAUACUCUACAUUAAGUGUAACAGUAGGUGAAAGCCUGUAUAGGCCUACCUAUUUUGAGAAAGGAGGACACCUAAUAUCUUAAAAUAACUAGUCCUAGUACUACUUAGUUAUGAAGCUCUAGUACUAGAAUGUCCAUUACUAAUGUGAAGAAACAGAAAUGACAUUAACAUAAGGUCCUGUAAUUCAUUUGCAUACCUAGCACUAGCAGCUAGAUUAUAUAUUAGUAUAUAUUUUAUAAAUAGUAUAAAAAUGUGUAGGCCUUAUAACUAACUCAGUAAUUGCUAUAUAAUUAUAAUAAAUGUUUAUUAAAAUGAACACUAGUAUAACUAAUAUUAAUAAUAUUCAUUAAUAGCCUAAAGAAUAAUGAAUAAAUUAAAAGAGUGUAUUGUAGUGUAUUGUAGGCCAAGUUUUUUGGGUUUUUUUUUAUAAUCAACUGCAUGUAAUAAAACUAGGUUAAGUCUUAAGUGUCAGUAUAUAAGCCUAUAAUGAAUAAGUUAUAAUGCUGCAUGGACAUGACUAUUGUUUUAGACUUGAUCCUUUAACUUAAGUAGUAUUAUUUAAGGGAAAAUUCUAAUUAGAAACUAUUGAGCAAACUUUAAUACAAAUUUUAUUUUGAAGUGUAGGCCUACUUUUAUUGAAUAACAAAAUUUGUUACAUGGCAAUAAUUGACAUAAAGACAUGAUGAUUGGUGAUGAAAGACUACUUUAUUUAUGAAGGUCAAGUAGUAUACCUAUGCUUCCACCAGCAAAUAAAAUUACUAUUGAUUUAUAAUGUUUUUUUAAUGCUAGUUAAAGAUUUCUAUGAAUAUAUGUUGUUCAAUUUAUGUUGAUUUGUCCUCUACAUCAAAAUAAACUUUUAUAGCUUAAAAUUAGGAUAUUUAAUUCAUUAAGUCCUAAAAAAAUAUUUAGAUGAAAGAGCCCUAAGGAGCCAUCGAUAAAUAAUGUCACCGUAUUUCAUUGAAUUUUAACAGUCUCCAUCACCCUACCCCCCAACUGGGUCACAAAAUCAUAGUGCAAUUAUACACUUUUAUCAGAGAUCCUCACAAAUUUGUGGACCACCACCCCCCUCACCCUCAGCUAGAUGUCAUUUAUGAAUAGCCACAUAGGAUUUCUGUGAAUAUAAAUAUGCUGUCAGUAGUCAACCACAGCGCUAAAUCUGUACCGGUGCAUCAAAACAAAACAAAAUCACCCUCAAUGCACGGUUUUAUUACUUAAAUAGUAAACUUUGUAAUCUUUCAAAAUAAUAUAAUUAUUUUUUAAAUUUUCAAACCAUGCUAAGAUGUGCUUGCCUUAAAUGUUGGGGAAUUGCAACAAAUUUAAGAUCUUUACAAAAUAUUUUAAUCAAAGAUGUAAGAUAGUAAACCACCAAAAUUUUUAAUGACCAUUAUUUUGUGCAAAUAAUAUGUGAAUUUCUGAAUUAACAGAGAAAAUUACUUUAUUUACAGAUUCAUCCUCAAACAAAAAAUAUCAUCUGGACUGCUUUCUGACAAGUAAUUUAACAUCACAAACUCUUAACUUGAGUCAAGAUGUCAAGCGAAGACAAUGAUUUGGAUAGGGAAAUCUCCCUAUGGUUGAAGUGGGACAAGGUGUGUUUAAAUAGCUGCACUUUUCUUAAUGGGUACUACUGUUUAGAAAGAACAAAAAAAUUAAGGGAAAAAUGAGCUAGUAGAUUGGUUCAGCUUUCAUAUCACUGGUCACUGCCAUGGUUGGCCUAUGUAAACAUGAAUUGGAUGAGUAUAUCGUUGAUUGAACGAAGAGAAAUGAUUCAGAAAUGAAACUGUUUAAUUUUUAAAAGAAAUUAUAUUAUUGGUUUCCUUUAAUUAGCCCUACUCAACUUACUGGAAUCACUAAGAAAAAACAAACAUGAUUUUUGAAUCAACCAGAAAACAAGGUGGUGUCAUCCACAAAUUUCAUAAAUUCAGACGUACCCCAUAGAUGGCUUAGUCAUUUUUAAAAUUCAUAAUAUUCUUCUUCUUUCCGUAUUAAAAUUUAUUAUAUUUUUUUCAUCCCCCCCAGAAUGAGCAGACUCGACUUGCUAUCAAGGAUUUAGUGGAAAAAAAAGAUUACACCGAACUCAGGCGGUUAUUGCUGUCUAGAAUGGAAUUUGGAACUGCAGGUAUAGUUCACAUUGCAAAAGAAAAAAAUUGUAAUAAAAAAUUAACGGGGCAAGAAAGUAAAAACCAUUUAUUACCGGUACCUAAAAAAUUACUUAACAUUUUUUAAAAAUGUUAUUAUCUUUUGAUCUUAUUAUUUAAUUAUUUUAGGCUUGAGGACAAAGAUGGGACCUGGCAAUGCACAGAUGAAUGACCUAACAAUUAUUCAAACAACACAGGUUUAUUUAUGUCUGAUGUUUUUAUUUAAUCUGCUGUUUUACUAGCGCCUCUUGUUCAUACCCAAACACCCCUUUAGCUAACAAGCAAUUUUGCAUAACAAAUUUUUUUGCCAUCCUUUGUCAUUUUUAAAGUAUUUUCUCCUCCAAAUUAUUAUAAAGAGAAAUAGCUAGUGGAAUCCUUCUUUUCUUCAAAUUAGUACAGCAUUGUCACUUUUCUACAUGUUAAGCAUUUUUCCCACAUAUAUAUUUUUUGGUGAAAGAAAAUCGUGGUUAUUAUUUUUUUUUACCACCUUAGGGUUUGGCAAAAUAUUUAAAGACGGUACAACCUGAUGUCAGCAAUAUGGGUGUGGUAGUUGGUUUUGAUGGUCGGCAUAACAGUUAUCGGUAGGAAUUAUUUGUUUUGUAAACAUACCUUUUACAACUUACUGAUGAUGAUUCUGAACACUUAAUGGUUGCUUAAUGUAAAUAAGAGUGAUUAUAGUAUGAUUAACUGAACGUUUAACUAAAUUAUAGAUUUUAUAUUUCAUAAGACUGUGCAGUGUAACUUAGCUAUAAAUGUCUCUAUCUUACAGUUUCAAACUCAACCCCUUUUUUAUGUAAUUUAAAUUUAGCAAAAAAAAUUUUUUGUUAAAAUUCAUUUUUUUAAAACAAAAAAGCUUAUUUAAACAUUUGUGUGAGUUGACAUACACUUUUUUGUCAUUUAAUUUUUAUUGAAUGAUGAAAUCUUGUGUAUAUAAAAAAAAAUUCAAUGUUCUUUUUCUCCAUCUCUUUCAGCUGGUCUCGCAUUGUGGGUAAUAUUUUUGUGAAUGCCAAAAUUAAAGUUUUUCUCUUUUCAAAGUACUGCCCUACUCCAUAUGUGGUGAGUUAUGUUAUUUUUCUUUUUAUAUAGAACUCUUAGUAGGACUAAAUUAAUGAUGGUUCACUGUACUUUAAUCCUGGUACAAAAGCUCUUAUACAAUAUUUAUUAUAAUUAGUAAGAAAACUCAGCUGGUAGUUUAAAUUCAUACCAAAACUUAACUUACUAUAUUGUACUAUAAUUCAAGGCUUGUAACAGCCUGUAACAGUAUCUUGCUUUUUACAAAAUCUUACUACCUGACAUCUCAGGCCUAUGGAGUCAGAGCAUUGAGGGCUGCAUGUGGCAUCAUGAUUACUGCCAGUCAUAAUCCAAAAGAAGACAAUGGCUACAAGGUAUUGAUUUACUCAUAA